CUAUACAUGUAAACAGACGGCCUCGGCACAGAUACAGCUGGCAGUAAGAGUUAAGGCCACUGCUUGUAUUGCUUUUAACAGAAAGGUUAUUAUAUUGUUAAAAAUGGCUCAUCGUAUGGUGUUACGAUUAGGGCUUCUGGGAGUUGGAGGAGCUGCGAUAACUUACAAUAUCGAUGAGCUAGAAAUUGCAGCAGUUGGGGCUGUUAGGUUUGGUCGAGCAGCUGUUACAGUAACCAAAAUUGUAGCUGAUUAUCGGAAGUCACUCUACUCUGGCCACAUAACGCCAGAAUCACAUAACUAUGCAGAGAUCAAGUCAGAGACUCACAAGCGCUCUGCUGAACGGUUAUUAGAUUUGUGCUGUUUAAAUGGUGGUGCCUUUGUUAAGGUUGGUCAACAUCUGGGGUCCCUGGAGUACUUGCUGCCUGGGGAAUAUGUUAAUACCAUGAAGGUUCUGCACUCCAGUGCUCCCAAAUCUCCACUGGAAGACGUCUACAAGGUUAUUGAGGAGGAACUCAAUUGUAAGCCUGAAGAACUAUUUUUAGAAUUUGACCCCGAGCCUCUUGGUGCGGCAUCCCUGGCACAAGUUCACCGAGCCAAGCUCCACAGCGGGCAAGAAGUGGCAGUCAAGGUCCAGCACCCUAGUGUUAAGUCUCACUCCAAAGUUGAUAUGAAGGGCAUGGAGUUACUUGUGGGCAUGGUAUCGCGUGUCUUCCCUGAGUUCAGGUUCGAGUGGCUAGUUGAGGAGAUGAAGAAAAACUUACCAAAAGAGUUAGCUUUUACACAUGAAGCAAAAAAUGCUGAAAAAGUGGCUUCACAGUUUACACAUUUACCCUGGUUAAAGAUCCCUGCCAUUGAAUGGAACCUCACAACUGACAGAGUUUUAGUGAUGGAGUUUUGUGAAGGAGGACAAGUUAAUGACCGCAAUUAUAUGAUUGCUCAAGGCAUAAAUACAAACCAAGUUUCCGAAAGGAUUAGUAAACUCUACUCGGAAAUGAUUUUUGUUAAUGGUUAUGUUCACUGCGACCCACAUCCUGGCAAUGUACUUGUUAAAAAGGUUAACAAUGAAGCUCAGAUUAUUCUUCUGGAUCAUGGUCUCUAUACAAAUCUAACAACUGACUUCCGAAUCACAUAUAGCAAGUUCUGGCUUAGCAUUCUCAAUGCAGAUCUUGAUGAAAUUAAACGCAAUGGGACCGAGUUGGGUGUUGGUGAAUUGUACGGACUGUUUAGUUGUAUGGUGACUGGACGAUCCUGGAAUUCUAUUACGAAGGGUAUUGACAAAAUGGAGAGGACUUCAACAGAACAAAAUGAGAUCAAGGCUCAGGCUGCCACUUACCUGCCCGAGAUUUCUGCUGUGCUGAAUCGAGUUCCACGUCAGAUGCUUCUCAUCUUUAAGACCAAUGAUUUACUUAGGGGCAUUGAAUUCUCUCUCAACACUCAGGAAAGCAUGAAGUCAUUCAUUACAAUGUCACGAUGUUGCAUAAGAUCAUUGUUUGCGCACCAACGUACGCUUUGUAACUCAACACUUUGUUCUGUGAGAGUGAGUGUUGCAGAGACUUGGGCACAGUUUAAGAUCUCUCUCUAUAUGUUCUAUCUUGUGUGCCUUCGCUCAGACUUGGGUAGAUAUAUUCAUAAGAAGUGGAUUACUAAUAAGAAGGUGGAGACACUGUAAGUUUCCCCUUGAAACUGAAAUAUAUCAUCUGUCUGUAGCAUCUUGUAAAUGUUAAUAUGAAUGUUAUUCAUAAUAAUGUCCAUCACAAUAGUGUAGUAAUUUAUUAAACUUGUGUAUUAUAUUAAUUUUGUAUUCACUAUUUUGUGUAUAAAAAUUAUGAAUUUUAUUGUUAAACAAAUUUUUGCACUCUUUCAAUUUAACAUUAUAAUAUAUUUCAUACACUUCCGAUCUUGUCACGCGUGGACUUGUGUGACAAGCCUGAUCAACCAGGCUGUGAUUCAUACGUCAGGCUGCGAGCAGCUGCGUCCAACAGCCUGGUUGACCAGUCCAGCAACGAGGAGGCCUGGUCGACGACCGGGCCGCGGGGACGCUAAGCCCAGAAACACCUCAAGGUAACCUCAAGGGGUGAAUGUUGGGCUUCCACUGGCGGCCACUGUGCUGGUACUCUUGUAAAAUACUCGCUCAUGAAUACUUGUUAACAUGUGUAACUUGAGUGUGUAAAUAUAGUACGAUAAUUAUUUGUAUAUAAUUUUUACAAUUUGAGACCAAUGUAUGACUGUUAUAAAAGCCCAAUAGAAUUAUAUUUUUCAUGUUGCUUGAGCAUAAGUAAUACAGCUUCAUGCUCCUUAUCUCAGAUACAUUUGAAAUUCUUUUUUAAGUACUGUGAUUCUGUCUUUUAACUAAAUAUAUUUUUCUGAAUUUCAAUAAUUAUUGAACUGCAUCACAGUUUUUGUGCAAUAGUUUUAUUUCUCAUCACAUACAUAGUUAUUUAUUUUUGUAAGAAAAUUAUAGUCGUGUGAGUUUUGUGACAUAGUCUACAUUGUUUAUAAUUUUCAAGUGUGGGUAAAUUACAUCGCGUCCUUUAGUGUGUUACUACUUUCGUGAUGCAGCUUCUCUUAUAUUAUUAUGAAUCAAGCCUACAGUCGUCCACAUGUUAUAGCAGAACCCUGCAAGUUAAUCAGAUCAAAAUCACGGAGUCAGUUACCGUUGUGUAGAUGUAUAUUUUUAUAAUACUGUAUAUUAAAUGUAUUUAAGAUUGUCCAGCUGUUAAAUGUAUGUUCCAAAGUAAGAUAACUGUUGCUUUUAGGGAUGUACAUAUUACUGAAAUAUCAUUAGGGGACAUUAUAGUGUAUUGUGCCUGAAUAUACUAAUAUUGUGGGAGGUGUGGUAUAUGGUUUCUCUUAAAAUAAAUUCUUGCCUUCAUAUAAUAAUGCUGUACAGUGUGACUGGUUAUCUGAACCAAUUUGUACCUCUAGGUAUUUUGACAACUGAAAAAAGAUUGUGGUGGGUGCUAAGGCAGCUCUCAAAGUGAAUGCUUGAAACUUUUACCAGCUUUUUAAUUCUUUGCAUUAGUAAGCGUUCUAUUAAUAAAUCUUCCAGUAUAUUGAUGGGUAGAUAACACAGCAUAGGUUUAUUUGGCCAAGAAAAUAAGGAAAACAUUACCUAGCAGACAACAUUUUGCAAUCAUCACACACUCCCUCCCUUAUUAAGUAGGAUAUAAAGUUUUUUAUUGCUCCAGGUAUUAGAAAAUCUUUAAUUAUUGCUUUAUUUUUUAUUCAAUAAUGGGGAUUGGUUUAUUUUGCUGAAAUACUGUAUUGGCAAGAGGCUGGGUGAGGCAGGUAGCCAUUACUCAAGUCAACUAGCCCUUGAACACAUUUGAUACAAAUUUGUAUACAUGGCACUUACAUGUUAUUUAUUGCUAUAUUGCUACAUAGUUGUCCUGGCUUUGUGCCUUCUUGUGAUAAUUACUGAUGAUUCUCAUGUUAAUAAACAUUCCCUUUUUUCA